AUGAUAACAGCUGAAAUACCUGAUAUGGAUGUCGAUCCUGAUGGUUAUAAUGUUGUGAAGAACUACAUGAUGCAUGGACCUUGUGGAGACCUCAAUCCAGGAUGCCCAUGUAUGAAACAAGGAAAGUGCAGCAAACAUUUCCUAAAGAAGUUCAACAAUCAAACAACUUUUGAUGAAUUUGAUGCACAUAUAAAUGUCGAGCUAUGCAAUUACUCAAUAUCGGUGAAGUACCUAUUUAAAUAUGUCAAUAAGGGAUCUGAUAGAGCAACAAUCGGUAUAGAAUGUUUAGAUACUACCACAGAACGUGAUGAGAUCAAAAGAUAUCUAGAUUGUAGAUACAUAUCAGCUACAGAAACUUGCUGGAGGAUCUUUAAAUUUGACAUACAUCAUAGAGAGCCAGCAAUUGAGCGUUUGCCAUUCCAUUUACAGGGAGAAAACACCAUAGUAUUCCAAGAAGAAAGAUGUCCUGAAAGCAUACUAAACAGACCCGAUAUAGUAAAAACAAAAUUCACGGAAUGGUUUGAGGCAAACAAAGAAUAUGAGGAUGCGCGAGACCUAACAUAUUCAGAUUUUCCUACGCGUUGGGUCUGGGAUGCAAGAGGUAAAAGAUGUAUUGGAAGAAAAAAGGGAAAGUCAAUUGGUAGAAUUCAUUUCGCGCAUCCUGCAAGUGGAGAACGAUUUUACAUGAGAAUGCUACUUAAUUUUGUGAAAGGAAGCACUUCCUUUGAAAGCAUAAGAACAAUUAAUGGAGUCCGGUAUGAUACUUAUAAGGAGGCAUGCUACGCAUUAGGAUUAUUGGAGGAUGAUAAAGAAUGGAAUGACUGCUUGGCUGAAGCUGCAUGUUGGGCAUCAGGAAAUGAGCUGAGAAAUCUGUUUGUAACGAUACUAAUUCACUGUCAAGUGUCUGAUUCAUCCAAACUUUGGAGGAGCAACUAUGAAAUUUUAUUAGAAGAUAUAACAUCAUUACAAUGA